AACAGACGUGAUCGAAAGUCCGGGAAAUCCAAAAUAUCCGUGCAUUUUGCUGCCUUUCAAGCUAUUAAUUAAAAACUAAGUGCAGCUUAGAGUGAAAAUUGAUAUUAGUAAAGAAGAAAGAAAAUAUAGACUAAAACCAGUAUUCCAGAAGACACAGAGUGCAAUUCUUCUAGCCCAUCAAAUUUUCCCUUUUGUCACAAAGUUUUGCGGAUAGUUUUUGGCUCGGUGCUCUGUGUGUGUAAUAUUUACGCUACAAUUUUGUUUUUUUUACAAUUUAUUUUCUGUUUUGUAUUUUGGAUUUGUUUUGGUCUUGGUCUAAAAUUAAUUUUAGCCUUUUCCGAAUGCAGUCGACUGCGGGCCAAAAAAUAGAAGAGGCAACACCUGCAGUGUGCGCGCAGUGAAUAAUUUGUUUUUUUUUCUUGUGUUGGAUUCGAAAAUGGAGUUUCGGUCAGCACAUACAAAAUAAUCGUAUAUUAACAGAAAAUUCAAAAAGUGCAGAGUCGAAAUGCCGGAAGUACUGGAUGCCAUGGAAAUGGAGGCGCCAUCCGAUGUUGUGGACAUCUCGGCGCGGGAGACAGCUGUCAACGUGAUAACCAUCAUCGAUGCCAGCAGUCUAAAUAAUAAUAAUAAUAGCAAUAGUACAACCAAUAAUAACCACCACAACAGCGUUGAACCGGAAACGGAAAUCGGUGCAGUGCAGCUGCAGCAGCAGCAGCAACAACAACAACAGCUGCAUCUUCAGCCGGCGCCGAAUUUCGUUGCCAUUCCAUUGUUGGAACGACGGCGUCGCAGUCGCAGCCACAGUCGCAGUCACUGCCGCAUCGCCCCCUUGGCGCCGAUCAUCUGCAUCCAGAACGGAUCGCAUCCGGAGGAGCUCGUCCGCCUGUCACGCUCGCGAUCCUGCUUCCUGCGCAUUCGCAGGACCUUCAUCAAACUUUUUGCCAAAAUCAUGGGCAGCAAUAAUCCCAGCGAAGCGGAUCGAUACGACUAUUAUGACUAUUCGGAACUGGAGGAGUUCGAAACGCCGGCAAGGUACAGGCCCGACUCGCUAAGUGCCCUGAGCCGCGCCACACGCUUCACGGAAGACGAGAUCAAACGAAUUUACCGGGGAUUUAAGGCUGAGUGCCCGACGGGCGUCGUCAAGGAGGACACCUUCAAAGUGAUCUACUCGCAGUUCUUUCCACAGGGAGCCAAUCCAACCUUAUACGCCCACUAUGUAUUUAAUACACUGGAUCAGGAUCACAGCGGCAUUGUCAGCUUCGAGGACUUUGUUCAAGGACUUUCGAUACUGUCGCGCGGCUCCGUGGAGGAGAAGCUGCGCUGGACCUUCUCGCUGUACGACAUCAAUGGCGACGGCUUCAUUACGAGGGAGGAAAUGACUGACAUUGUAACUGCCAUAUACGAGCUGAUGGGCCGCCUGCCGGACGAGUGUCCCGAGGAGGAGAAGAUCAAGGGCAAGGUGGAGCAGAUCUUCCAGAAAAUGGAUACCAAUCGCGAUGGCGUGGUAACGCUGGAGGAGUUUCUGGAGGCCUGUCGCAAUGACGACGCCAUCUCCCGGUCGAUGUCCUACACGGUGCCCCGGCGGCGGCGUCAUCAGCUGUCGGCACAGCAGCAGCAUCUGCAGCAUCAGCAGCAGGAGCCAGAGAAACGUAAGUCCAACCACAAGACGAAGAACAAGCAACAGCAAAAACAGCAGCAACCACAUAGCACUAGACAUCAAAACUGUUGUCACAUAAUCGACAUGGAUGGCGAUAGCACCCCCAGCACCACCACCGCCUCGGCGGCCACUGGAACAACACUUAAUUGCAAUGUCCUAUAUGAUUACGGAGCGGAGGAGGAGGAUGACGACGACCAGGACGAGGAUGAUGAGGACUCCGAUGAGGAGUACAGAUCCUUUGUCUGCCGCCACUGCCAAAGGUCGCAGUCGGUGGUGCAGCAGCCCAGAUCCAAUCGUCGAUCGCAAUCGCAGUCCAAGUCGCGCAAGCGCAGCAAGAGCAGGAAGCGCCACCAGAGCAAACAGGGUCACCAUCAGGGCCAGCAGGGCCAUCAGGGUCACCACGGUCAGCAGCUGACCCGGUGGCCGGAAAUCAAUGUGGCCAACGAGCAGGCCAUUCGCUUCCGGUGUCCGCAGGUGGGGCCGCAGGUGGGUCGCGACCUCCACACACCCCAGCCCUUGCACUUCCAUCAUCCCCAGUCGCAGAGCCAGAAGUCCAAGAGCAAGUCCCGGCCGCGGAAGCACCGGGCAUGCCCAUCUGCUCCGCUAUCGAAAGCUGCAGCAGCCGCAUCUGCAGCAGCACCUGGUCCACCUGCACCACCUGCGCCACCAGCAGAUCCGUCACAGCUACCGCCCUCCGAACUGCACCCCCUUGCACCCCUCAACGUGAUUGUGGGCGGGGCCGAGGUCGAGGUCGAUCCGCAGCAGCCACAACCGCCCACCACCCCCGACUCGCCGUCGCUGGUCACCGUGAGCACCUGGUACACGGUGGCCAAGCAGGGUGUCUCCUGCUAAUCGCGGUGAGCAGUGAGUAUUCUUGCCAGCACCACCCAACCAACCAACCAACAAGCCACUUUGCACCCCAGUCAAAAUCCCCUUGAAAGGAUGGCACUGAUAUCUCUAGAUGCUUAAAAUCAUUUUUAAAUUAUACAAGAAUGAAUAGACUAUCGGUAUUUAUCCAUAGAAUUCAAUUUUGGACCCAAACGGAGAAUUUGAAUUAUUUUAAGCCCCUAGAGAUCUGUGUGGCAUCCCCCAGUAAAACGCUUUCCCGUUUCGGUGUUUGAAUAUAUGUAUACAAUAUGUAUAUUUUGUGCUUAAAUAAAUUAUAUAUGUGUGUUUCAGGGCGGAUCUCUGAAAAAUCUAAAUCGGCAAUAACUAAAGUUUAUUAUUAUUAAAAAUAAUAUAUUGAUUGUCUUUAGUAAUUUAACUCAAAUUUAUCUUUAAUUCUUAAAGGGAUACAACAUAAAUUUAAGUUUUUAACUGUUUGUUUACAAACUAACAAAAAAUAGAAAAUUGUUAAAAAAAAAGGAUACAAAAUUGUAAAUACAAAGCCAUAGAUAUUUUCUAAAAUAUAAUUGGAUGUUAAAGCUGAGAUCCGCCCGAUUGUGCAUUAUGUUUCCGAUUUAUCCUAUAAUUUGUACUGUAAUUAGACAAAUGAAGUUUACAAGAAAUUUAAAACGUUCUCUGUGUGUAUCGAUUGAUGUUGCAAACUGUCAAAUGUGUUAUAGUCUUAAAUACGUAUAAAAAUCUAUAGAAAAUGUAAGUGAAAGUGAACCAAAAACGAAAAUAUAUGAAAAGCAUUCAAAUGUUUACUUUAUGUUCCCUUGAGUUCUAUCAUUUGUGCCCAGAAAAGUCUUCUUAGAAAUGUUGAUAGAUGUCCUAGAGUUACAUAAAUUGACGUUAGCUGUGAUGGAAAAACAAAGUAUAUUAAACCACAAAAAAAAACUUUAAUAUUAAUUGUAAAAAAAAAAUGGAUGAUUCUAUCAAAACUUGUGGGAAAAAAUUGCUCAAACGAAAAUGCUUGCUAUAUAUGAAGCUUAGAGUGUGUGGGUGUGUUUUAAAUGUGUGUGUGUGUGCAUUGGGAGAGCUAGAGAGAAAAACUUUUUUGACAGAAUAAUUUUCAACAUUUGAAUGCCUCACUUGAAGGUUUUUUCUUGCAAUAGUUCCGACUAAAAGCGAAAAUUGAAAUGCUGUCGUUCCGUUAAUUAAAUUCUGUAAAAUACCCAGAAAUCAUAUUAAAUAAAAUCUAUAUGCAGAUUAAUGAACAGACCAAUUUCAGGCCAUCACUUGGCUUUAACAAAAACGCUGUUGUCAUUCAAAUGCAAAUUGAAUAUUGAAUUGGUCUUUGGCGAAAAAUGAGUCAAAUAACCAAAUUGUUUUAAUUGAAAGCAUCUUUCUACUUUAUUGGAUAAAUGUAAAAGGCUGCCAGUUUGAAUUCCAUUUGAUUUGCAUUAUUUCACAUAGAAAUUCGUGUUCUUCAUACUGUUGUGAAGUUUGCUGAGCGUUAACUUUUUUGCUAACUGUUAUUGCUUGUCAUGCUUUUGUUGUUGUUUUCAUUAUGCCACAUUGAACACACCAAGGAGACACCGACACCGCACACAUAUGCAAGGCAAAAUCAACAAGGAUGCAAACGCAUGGGAAUUGAAAUUCGUGUAUGGCAAUUAAAAUAUCUGCUUUCUUUCUCUCCCUUUCUCUCUCUCUCUCUCUUUUCUCUUUCUCUCUCUCUUUCUCUCUCAUUCUGGCCCGCACAUACAUAACUCACACACACUCGCUUAAAUAAACACACACACACAUGUGCAGAAAUUUGCAUAGAAACUAAAUGAAAUGCGUAGCAAGAAAGACAACGCGAAUCUGCCAAAAUAAAAAUCUAGGUACCGCACGUCCAUUAAUAUGCAAUUAUGGAUGUGUUUGUGCAACUGUAAAAAUAAUGAAAGUGUGCGGAAAAAUUGGAGAGGCCAACGAAAACACGAUUUUAUCGGCAUAAUUGUCUGGGUCGCAUUUAAAGGGCUGCAAGCAGUGCAGUGCAGUUCUGAACUGUAAGUACAUUGUCGCACCGGAAGUGCCACUGCUUGCCUUCAGAAAACACAGAUAUAUGAAAAUUGACACUGUGUAAGUGCACGCAACUUACACGGAACCCAUUGAAAAUUGAAAAUGUACGAAACGAAAGCUUUACACAAUGAAACUAAAACUAAACCUAAAAACUUACUCUUAACGAUUUAAUGAAACAUAUAUAGAGAGAAAUUUAAACUACCCAGAAACUAUAUUUAUACGAAAAGAAAAUAGCAAGAAGAAAAAUACUAAUUAUAUUAAAUUGGAACCAGUUUGACUUUCUAUUUGAAAUAUAUGUAAACACACGACAUACACACACACAUGCACAAGCAAAAGCCUGUGGGUAAAUAUAUGUGUAAAUCAAAAUAAUAGCCGCAAAUACAAAAGCGACGUGAAGGAGAAUCGAGAAUUGGAGAAAUGGAGAAAUGCUCCCCGGGGCGUAUGCGUAAUGUUGAGUGUAUUGUUUCUGCGCAUAUAUUCUCCAUUAGCAAAUUAGUGACAAUGAUGAAAUGUCAUCAAGUCGGGGGCGAUAUGUACUAUAUACAUCUGGUGUGUGUGCCUGUUGUGUGUGCGAGUGUGCAAGCUAAAUCAAAUAAAAACAAAAGUUUGAAUCAGAAAUUGGACCACAGCAAACAAAGAAGUAGCAUAAAACGAUAUCCGCUGUAUAUGCAUAUUAUAUUUACAUAUACAUAUAUAUAAAUACAUAAAUAUAUAUGUACACAAAGCAUAUAUAUAUGUAUAGAUAUGUACCAGGCAUACAGUAUUUAACAAGUGCAUAGGUGUGUAAUUGUAAUUUUUUGUAGCUAGAACUAAGGGACACACAGAAAAUAAAUGGAGAACUAUUAGCUAAUAGAUAAUUGGAAAAUGGUUAAUUGGACAUCUUGUUGUACAUAGUUAGUGAGUGGUUUGUUUUCGCCGUUAAACCAACUACAAAUCUUUCUCUAUAUUAACUCUAAACUCAAAGUAAUUGUUGCAUUUUUAAACCCUUUAAAUACAUAGCUGUGUACUUAGCUGUAGUCUUCCAAAAGUAAUCGAACAAAAAAAAAUCGAACCGAGAUGCUGAUGAUAACUCUAUUCCACUUAGAUUGAACCUGUAGCAAAUUUGUACCUUAGCCGAAACACCCACAAAAAGCUUUCAAAAACAAUAAAACUCUCUUCUUAAUAGACGAAACAAAAAUCGAAACCGAGUCCAAUAAAUAAAGCCCAUAUAUACAAAACUGUUGCUGUCGUAGUUGAAGAAGAACUGUAUUAUUUUUGGAUAAAUGUUAUCGAUUUUCUGCCCACUUUCAAGGUUAUUCAAUGUUAAAUCCUUCGAACUAUUGGUUUCCCACUGCAUAUAUGUAGUAUUUACAUAUGAUCGGUCUGAUCAAGGGCACGACAAUAUCGAAAAGGAGCCACAGAAGUACUAAACGACAUAUAUAAUACCCUCCCACCCCAGACUAACACACACACAUAGUACUCCCCUCUCUUUCUCUCUAACUAUCACUGUCUCCCUCUCUAUAUCUCUCUACUCGUCUGUGUGUGUGAAUUAGCAAUCAAAUACUAAUGCAAAAUCUUUUUCAAAAACAAAGUGUCAAAUUUUCAAGAAAACAUAAAAACAUAGAGAAAACCCCAAAGAAAAACUUGGCAAAUUGACAGAGACAAACAGAUAGAGAAAAGCAGAAAAAAUUGAUAAAUUGGAGGAUUGCCAACCUAGUUGCAAGUAAUUUCCAGGCCUAAGCCUUAACGAUUAAACAAAUGCAAAUAAUUGUAAACACAAAAAAAUAUAUGCAUAUGAAGUGUGUGUUUUUUCCUAAUUUAUAAGCUGUUGAAAUCAAAUUUUACCAAUGAAAGUAAGUAUUAAACAAGUAUUGACGCAGAGAAACUCUCGUUUUAGAGAAUCACUUGAAUUUUUCAGUUGUUAAUGUAAAAACUGUAUUAGCCAUUUAUUUGUGAGCGAUAUACUGUGUGUUAAAAACCAAAAAAAAAAAAAAAGAAAACCAAAAAA